AUGGCGGCUGCUCCAGGCAGCGGCCUGCCUGUUCCUGAAGGCAUCGACUUCAACCAUCCCUACACGCCGUACGAUGUGCAGACUGACUUCAUGAAAACAGCUUACAGCGUGCUGCAGGCUGGAAACGGACAGGUUGGCAUUCUGGAAAGUCCCACGGGAACUCGUAUUGAGGAGCAUGAGGCUUCUCUCAAGGUCAACAUGGACGACUUUAGGGAUGAGCCCGAUUGGAUCGUGGAGCAAAUGCUCCGGCGCAAGAGGGACGAGCUGGCUCGCAAUUGGGAAGAACGAGAGAAAAGGUUGGAGCAAAUCCGCCUGAAAGAAAAGGUCCUCGAAAUUCGCAGCGCCAAGCGACGUCGAUUUGACGAGGGCCCUUCGAAGUCGAAGGCUCGCAACGAUGCCGACGCAGACGAUGAAUGGCUGUUGGAUGAGGCCGAUGAGUCCGGUGCCGCAGACGACGGCGAUGCCAUGUCUGGACUGAGCAAAGAGACCAAGGACAUCCUUUCUAGAUUCGGGCUGGGCAACCUGAAGGCGGAGCAAGAGGAGGACAAGGUCGAAGACGGAGUCAAGGUGCGCAAGCCCCCUGUCGCUGGUGGGCUAGUCGGUAACAUGUUGAAACUGUGCAUCAACCCAUCCGUGGCGAAGCUGGGCACAAUAUCUGCCAUCAAUGACCGAUGCUCAGAACUGCAGAAGCCUAAAACCAAGGAUAAAUGUCCUUAUACACUGAACGAAGACAACAUCAAGCAGACUCACCAGUUUCGAGACACAGCCCACGCCACCCUUCCCGACAUAGAAGACCUCUAUCAUCUUGGCAAAAAGCUUGAAGUAUGUCCGUAUUAUGCCUCAAGGGCGGCUAUCGCAGGGGCUGAGAUCAUUACCUUGCCGUAUCCGCUCCUUCUGCAAAAGAACGCCCGAGACGCCCUGGGCAUCAAGCUGGAGGGCAAUGUAGUGAUUAUUGAUGAGGCGCACAACAUCAUGGAUGCAGUAGCCAACGUAUAUGCGUCGGAAAUCAAACUAACAGAGCUGAGACGGGCGCGACAGAUGCUUGGCGUGUACGUCAAAAGAUUCGGCAAGAAAUUGAAGGGAGAAAACCGUGUCAUGGUCGGCCAGGUUGGCAGAGUCAUCGAGGGCCUCACCGAGUGGAUGAGUGGGGCCUUGACGCUCAAGACACCCCACGGCAUAGUUGACUCUAAGGUGCUCCUUCGAUGCAAGGGCGUGGACCAAAUCAAUCUCUUUAAGCUCAUCCAGUACAUCCAGGAGUCCAAGCUCGCCUACAAAAUUGAGAGCUAUGUCGCCCACGUCGAGGAGGAGAUCGCCCAGGCCAAUGCUGGCAAGGCACCACCGAGAUCGUCCACCCCGGUUCUGCAUAUCUUGUCAUCCUUCCUGAUUUCUCUCACGAACCUCAGCUCAGAGGGCCGCAUAUUCUACGAAAAGACGUCAUCUAACCCGCCAGACAUACAACUUUCUUAUCUGCUACUGUCGCCCACCCAUGCAUUCUCGUCCAUCGCCACGAGUGCCAGGGCAGUCAUUCUGGCCGGUGGUACCAUGUCCCCCUUUGAAGACUACAAGGACCACCUCUUCCCAUACUUAUCGGAUUCGAAACUCACGACGCUCAGCUGCGGCCACGUCAUCCCGCCGUCGAACCUCUGCGUUUGGACGCUCGCAGGCGCGAAACCGGGCCCUAACAGGGACGUCAGCUCCACGUUCGAGUUCAGCUUCCAGCGUCGAAGCGACAAGGCGAUGGUGAGCCAGCUGGGCCUGGCGAUUCUCAACAUCUGCAACGUAGUUCCCGAUGGUGUCGUCGUCUUCUUCCCAAGCUACGGCUACCUCGACGAAGUUGUGGCGGUUUGGGAGACCAAAAGUCCCGGCGAGUCCAAGCCAAUCUGGGACCGCAUGCGAGAGAGAAAGGAGGCGUUCAAGGAGACUCGGGGCGGCUCGAGCGACGAGGUUCUGGAGGCCUACAGCAAGGCCAUCCUAGGCGACGGCGAACCUGGCGCAGGCACAGCACCCAAGCCUCGUGGUGCGAUACUCCUGAGCGUAGUCGGCGGCAAGAUGAGCGAGGGCAUCAACUUUUCCGACCGCCUCGGCCGUUGCGUUAUCAUUAUCGGGUUGCCUUACCCAAACAUCAAUUCUCCCGAGUGGAAAGCAAAGACGGAGUACAUCGAGACUACGACUGUCCAGCGUCUGACCGAUGCGUCGGCGGCUACGCGAAUACCAAAAGAGGAAGCGAUCGUGGCGGCGAAGCAGGCGGCGAGAGACUUUUACGAGAAUGCUUGCAUGCGCGCGGUAAACCAGAGUAUCGGGCGGGCUAUCAGGCACCAGGGCGACUACGCAGCCAUCGUUCUGGUCGACCGGAGGUACGGGACAGAUAGAAUUCGAGGGAAGCUUCCGGGCUGGAUUCGUGGAGGGAUGAACAACGACAGCCACGAAAAGGGACUGCCGCAGCUGAUGGGGGCGUUGAGCGGAUUCUUUCGAUCGAAGCGGAACAGCGCGUUCUAG